GUUUAUAAUACUCAAUAAUCAUAUUGCGUUAUUAUUUCAAAUAUAAUAAUUUAACAAUUAUUACAUGGUGUCAGUAGGGCGAUUCACAAACAUUCAUAACUAUCGUUUUCGUGGUAAUUAUCACAAAAAGCGGUACUUAUCGUCAAAUGCGAUUCACAAACAUUUUUUACCGACGGUGGCGGUGUGAUAAUUACCGUCUCUAGGCGUUAACUUAACAACAAAUUUUAUUCUCGUGCAAUGGCUUACGCAGAAGGUGCAGCGGAUCUCCUCGACUUGGAGGUGCACCUCUAUCACAUGGAGCGUAGAGCCGAGCGGAGUGUAUUACGAGAGAUUCAGGAUCCAUUCGAUUUGAUGGAUUCUGAAUUUAAAAGGCUCUACCGUUUUACUCCGGAUUUGGUGGAAGAGCUUUUAAUAGACACUUUGGGGCCGCGUUUGGAACAUCAAAACAUUACUGGGAUAUCCCCUAAAAAUCAGAUUCUAGCUGCCUUAAGAUUUUACGCCACUGGUUGUUUUCAACGGCCAGUGGGUGAACAAUGGGGAAUUAAUAUGAGUCAGUCAUCCAUUAGCCGAUCUAUUCAUCGUGUUACUGAUGUAAUUAACGAUGCAAUAUUUCGUCAAUGGGUGCAAUUCCCCAUGACCGAUGUUGCCAGGCAGCUAGCUAGGGAGAAAUUCCGGAGGGCGGCCCAGCCAUUUGAUGGUGCUAUUGGAGUAAUAGAUUGCUCCCACAUAGCAAUACUGACUCCAAGGGAACACGAGGAGGUUUAUGUUAAUCAUCAUGGUUAUCAUUCAAUCAACGUACAAAUGAUAUGUGAUCCCGACCAGUGCAUAUUAAAUGUAAAUGCGCGAUUCCCUGGUGCACGGCACGACGCACACAUUUGGUCUGCAUCGGCAGCACGUCGAGUAAUGGAACGUGCCUACAACAAUGGUGAAAGGAGGACUUAUCUCCUUGGUGAUUCGGGGUAUCCACUAGAGCCGUGGCUACUUACCCCAUUACCACAUGCACCUGCAGGCACCCCUCGACGUGCAUAUCAUGAUGCACUGAUGAGUUCCCGCAAUGUUAUUGAAAGGACAUUUGGGACAUUGAAAACAGUCUGGAGGUGCAUGCAUAAGCAUCGCACUCUCCAGUACGAUCCUGGAUUUGCGGGAAGAAUUGUGAACGCGUGUGCCGUGCUGCAUAAUAUGUGUCGGGCACAUAAUUUAAUAUUUAACGAUGUUGAAGAUGAUGGUGAAGUAGCUGAGCCUCCUGCACAACAACUUCCCCUGCCCGAAGAAUUCGCUCGACCUCAUGCUGUGGCAAUGCGGUUACAGAAUAGACUAAUUGUGGAGAGAUGGGGGGGAUAGUUUUUGAUUUUUAUAUUUAAAUAAUUAAAUAAAGAAAAAAAAAUUUCUGUUUAUAUUGUUG